UGCUUUACGACGUUGCCGCUUUCUCGAAUUGGAGUCAGUCGAAGAUCUGGAUCGAAGCUGUUUGAAAGAUCUGGAAAGAUCUGUGACAUCCAAUAAAGGAGAAGAAGAAGUGAAGUGAGAAGAAGGAGGGAUUUGCAAGGACACGAUCUCAUUUCAAGAAGAACAGACGUCGCGCUAGUACCUCUUACAGCCCGUCCAUUGAAAUUCUGAAAAUGGGAGUCCCAUCGUCCGCAAGUACGGAAGUCAACAACGUCAACAUACUGAACGAGAUUCAUUAUUUGAGAAGUCAGAUAGAGCAAUACAGACAAAAGACACAAAUCAUUUUGCAGUCGGGUGAUAGAAUUAAUUGUCCAAACAGAAAAUUCAAAUUUGUAAAGCCAAAAGUUCAGUCGGAUUCGAAAAGUCUGGUUUGCAAUUCUUCUUUAAAUUCUAAAAUGUUACCUGAGAGUUCAACUAAAAACGUACAUGUAAAAUCGAGAUUGCUCGCCACAAACGUUCACGUUAAUCCAAACUUUAAACCGCAAAAGCCAACGGUACAUAUCAAUCCGAAUAUCCAGGCUAAACCUUUGAUACAUAUUAAUCCAAAAAUGAUGCACGAUAUUUCUAAUUCAAAUCAAAACCUCUACAAUAAUAUAAGCACGAGUAGAGCACAAACGAACACGAAUACAACACAAACAAAAGUAGAUAACGGUACUGAGCAAACGAAUGUCAAGAGAUCUAUAUACGUUAAUCCAACAUUAUUGAAGAAAUUGUCUUCCUCCAAAGAAAAGUCGACAAAUUCUAGAGAAUUCGUUGCAACAGAACGACCUGUUUGUUCAAGGUUGAAGUUUGUAAAAAAUAUCGAUAAUCGAAAGAGCUCGCCAAGGAAGACUAGUAAUUCUAGCAUUGUACUUUUGUCGCGUAGAAAGCUCGUGAGAGUAUCUACUACGAAAAGCACGUUAAAAACUUCUCCAUCAAAAUAUGCAGUAUUAAAAGAUAAGAAGCUUGAGAUUGUGUCACAGAAAACCAUGAAAGUAAAACCAUCAAUAAAUAAUACGUUACAAUCUACAAGUAUGAUAUCUAAUUUAUCAAAAUCAAAUAUCAAAUCUAAUAAUAAAUCUAAAGUGACCAAGUAUAAAAUAGACAGAACCGCGUUAAAUAUAUCAAAAGCUAAAGGAGCCGGUCUUUCAGAAAUGGUGAAGGUUAUACACGACGCGAAGAAACUUGUUACUAUUGGUGGGAUUGUUUAUAGAGCUUCCAAAAAUAAAUUAAUCCGGAGGAGCUCCGUAUUGAAACGAAAACGAUCAGUCAAUGGAAAGAAUGAUAAACUUAUUAAUAAUAAGAAACAACGAAUGGGCAAAGAAACUUUAAAUUCAUCAGAAACGAACAUUAAUGCCAAAACAAGAUUUUCUUUCAAUGUAUCUCCGAAAGCUACUUAUAAGAAUAGUAUCAGCAACAAAGCAAAACAAAGAAGCAUACGAAUCCUACGAAAUAAAAUGCAUAAGAAUAACCAACCUUGUUUGAUUUAUCAACGAUUUGGAUCUUGUCCAAAUUAUGAAAAUGGGAAAUGUGCCAAACGGCAUGAUAAAAAGCAGGUGUCACUCUGCAAAAAUUUCCUGCAAGGAAAGUGUUUCUUAAAGAAAUGCUCUUUAUCUCACGACGUUGGACCUGAGAAGAUGCCUACAUGCAAGUACUUCCUCGAUGGCUGUUGUACAAGAGAUGCCUGUCCUUAUCUUCAUGUUAAAGUGUCUUCGAACACUUCAAUCUGCAUAGAUUUUUUACAAGGAUAUUGUGCUAAGGGAAAUAAGUGCCAACGGCGUCACGAGUAUCUUUGUCCUGAAUUUAACAAGUCGGGGAAUUGCAGCAAAGGUGAGUGUUGUCCUUAUCCUCAUAAAUCGCAUUCCUCUAAUUCCGUAAAAAGUGCCAAAUAUUUGAGCAAGACGCAUGAUACGCAAAAAUAUCGUGCCGCACUUGCCACACAGGAUAAUUCCGAGAUCUCAAAUUCGGAGGGCAGAUUAAGAUAUUACGAAAUAACUGGUGGUUUAUCUGAAGAACUUGAGAAAAAGAAAGAAAUUCCAAUUGUCGAUCCUUUAGAACAAAUUCAAAUAUAUGAAAGUAAACAAGAUAAAACCUUAGCCAAAGAAAAUAAACGUGAAUUAGAGACAACGGUUUAUGAUCGUAAUAAUGUAAAAAGGAAAGUUUCUAUUGGUUAUAUCCCUAUUAAUCAUUUUUAAUUUGUAUAUACAUUAAUUAAUAAACAUUUUUACUAAAUAAUUUUUUAAAUUGAUUUACGAGAUCGUGAACAUUAAAUUAAAUCAAUGCAAUUAUUUCACUUAAGAUAUAUAUGUUGGGAGAUCUCAUUUUUAAUGAUUAUGUAUUCGCUAUAAAAUUGUAUAAAUUUUUCGUCUAGUAUAUUUAAAAGAACUAAAUU